UUUAAUCUUGCUUUUAAAUAAAGCAAAAAAACUAUUUCCUUAUAAAUUAACAAGACAAAAAAAACUGCUUGCUUAUAAAUAUCUUGGUAGUCCAACGUCCACAUAAACUUUGCAUAGAACACGUUUAUUCCUCUCAAGUAAAUACUGUAUGCGCUUCCCACUCCAUCAAUCAAAUGAUAAUUGUUACGCAACUAGUGAUUGAACGCAAUAAGCAACUAAGGUCAGUCUAGAAACCACUCUACUAUAGUUGACAUCUUAUUUUCUGCAAUGGAGGUUAUAACAAUCCUCCUAACAGCUUUAGUCAUUAUAUUGACGUACUUCAUAAUCCGCCAAAUGACCUACUGGUCAUCAAGAAAAGUUCCGCACCUGCGACCUAUUCCUCUUGUCGGUAACACGACAUUCUUUUUCACCGGUUCGCAGUCUCCCGCGGAAUUUUCCCGCCAAAUUUACCUCAAGCACCCGGAACUUCCUUACAUCGGUUUGAUGAACUUCAACACGCCAACUCUGCUAAUUAACUCUCCAGAAAUAAUCAAGGAGAUCUUCAUAAAGAACUUCGACAACAACCCGGACCACUUGAGCUUCAUAACAGAAGACUUCGACCCGAUCCUGGGCAAAAACGUGUUUUCUCUCCGGGGGGACAGAUGGCGCCAAGUGAGAGGUGCGUUGACGCCGACGUUUACUGCAACGAAGAUGAAGUUUCUGUUUACGCUGAUGGCAGAAGUCUCGAGGAACGUGAUCAAGCAUUUAGAAGAUCAUCCUCAGGAUUGCGAACUCCUAGAUGCUAAGGACUUGUUCACCAGGUACGCUAAUGACGUGAUUGCAACUUCGGCCUUCGGACUGUCCGUUGACUCCUUAAAGGACAGGACGAAUGAGUUCUACCUCCGCGGCAAGGACGCGACCAACCUAACUGGAAUCUCCAGGAUCUUCAAGUUUGUAAUGGGGAUAAUGUUCCCGAGGAUGAUGCGCCUCCUGGGGCAGACUUACCUCAGCAAGGACACCAACAGGUUCUUCAUUGACUUGAUCCGGGAGGAAGUGAAGCGUCGGGACCUGGAGAAGGUCGUCAGGCCGGAUAUGAUCCACCUCCUGAUGCAGGCUAGAGGCGACAAGAUUAGCAGCAACGACAUCGUCGCCCAGGCGUUCAUCUUCUUUCUUGCUGGGUUCGACACCACUUCCACGCUGAUGAGCUUCGUCGUCCACCAGCUUGCUUUCCAUCAAGACAUCCAGGAGAAAUUGCACCAGGAGGUCGAAUUCUUUGAAGAAAUCAACUAUGAACACCUGGGGAAGCUCAAGUUCCUGGAGAUGGUCAUCCUGGAGACUCUGAGGUUCUUCCCUCCGGUAGUGAUCCUGGAUCGCGUCUGCUCCAAGAGGUUCAAGCUUCCACCUCCUCCGGGAAGUUCAACCCAGGUUGACGUUGAAGAGGGCACUGUCCUCUGGGCUCCGGUUUUUGCCAUGCAGAAGGACAGCAAGUACUUUCCUGACCCUGAGACUUUUGACCCUGAAAGAUUCGCGGAUGAAAACAAAGGAAAUGUUGAUCCUUGUGUCUAUAUGCCUUUUGGAGUUGGACCCAGGAAGUGCAUUGGGGAAAGGUUCGCUAUGAUGGAGAUCAAGUUGAUGCUCGCUAGGCUGGUGAAGAAGUUUUGGAUCCUCCCGAGUGAGAAAUCUAACAAAGAGAUUGUUUUUGAUAAAAAGAGUCUGAAUUUAGUGCCUAAAGGAGGAAUUUGGGUGAAAUUAGAACGGAGGAAAGUUUAGUGGGAUUUUUUGGGUCAAGGAAUUUUUUUAGGGAAAAGUGAGUAAAGUUUUUGGAUUCUGGAAGAAAUUUGCGAAAAAAUGACGUAUCGCUCGACCCAAUUGGCCGCAGGUCGAAUUUUGAUUAAUGAUCUAUAGAUCAUUCAAUAAAUUAUUAAUGCGAUUUUUGGGAGGAACAAAUAUUAAUCAAUAAAGGUUGUAGGUACUUAUUUUAAUCAGGAUUUGAAGAUCUAGGUCGCAGUAUUAAUAAUUUUUUAAAAUACCAAACUUUUUUUUUCAUUAAUGAUUAAUAAGGUGAUUAACGGGUCUAGGAAAUUUUUUUAAAAUAAACUAAUUAAAAAUUAUUAAUCUUCGACAACUCCCGAGUAAAAUGAGCCGUCUCACGGCUCAUUUGGUCGUAGGUCAAUUUUGAUUAAUGAUCUAUAGAUCGGUUAAUAAAAUAUUAAUCAAUUAAUUUACUAUUAAUUUUUAUUUAAACUUAUAAGUGCUUAUACUUGUUUUACUCGCGCUGGCGAUUUCUAGAACGCAGCCUGCGUGGAUUUUUAUAUUUCUUCCAAAAAUUUUUUUAUUUUUAGUACUUAUGUAAUUAAUAAAGAAACUAAUCAAAGUA